AGGAGAUUUCAUUCAUCGAUUCGUAGCUGUACGACUCGGGAGUACAUUGCCAAGUCUUCUGCCGAUUUUGCUACUUUGUUCAGUGUUCAUGUUUUACUUUAUGUGAGUUAAAUUUUGCAUCACUUGUGCAUUAGUUUCUGGCAGUAAAUCCGGAACCGGGAAGUUCGCUCUGUGUCUGAUUCAUCUUUGUGGCCAUCGUUCGAGUCGAAAGUGUGUCGCGAGCUUCGCACCAAGCCAAACUGGAUCCGCCUGUUUUGUUCCGAUCGAUUAAUCGACCGUCGUCAUCCGUGUGAUGAUGGUUUCCAUGUCGUCGCGUUUUCACAAGGUGUGAUACGUUUUUGUUUCGUGUUAUUAUUUUUCGGUUUUUACGUUUUCGGUACUUGUUGGGUCGCCAUUUGAGUCUCCUGAGGUUAAGUCUUUGUGUGCAACAUAUUGGUUGAGUGGCGUGUGCUUCGGGUUUUCCGUAGUAGGUUCCCGUGGGUUGUUGAAAUCGCUCAUUGUCAUCAAACAGCAUCGGGUGAAAGUAUGAAUCUGUGAGAGUGGAGACCGCUUGGUGAACAACGUGGUCUAUCUUGAAGAGCUAAAACCAAGCAAGUUUCGUCAUCGUGCAGCGGAUAUAGAGUCCAUUUCGGCCUUCAGACCCGUUAGAUCGUCUGAUUCUUGUACCACGACCUGCUAAUUGACUAUCAAGGAUUCCAUCCUUCGUAGCUGCUUACAUUUUGAACCGUUUCAUUUAAUACCGUCAAAAUACUACCAACAAGGAAAAUGCGUCCCCGUAUCGAGAGCUCUAUUGGCGAUGAUGCCAUGGAGAGCUGCGGUUAUCUCAGGUUUACCGACGAAAGUAUGAAGUCCAACUUCCUGCAAAGCUUAAGUACCAUGCGCCGCCAUCGGCUGUUUUGCGAUGUAAUACUCUUGGUUGGCAGUACGGAAAUUCACGCCCACCGCAAUGUGCUGGCAUGCGUCUCUCCUCACCUAAUGGAACUGUUCAGCUCGGAUGUCGGAAACGUAAACGUUUCGACUAACGAAGGGAAGAUCCCUUGCUACCGGCUGAACGGUCACAUCACCACCCAGGGGCUCAAGUGUCUGGUUGAGUACGCUUAUACCGGAUCACUGGAGUUGCCCAACGACAUGAUACGCGAUGUGUAUCUGGCAGCAUGGCAGUUGAAGAUCGAAACGGUGGUAAAGGAAUGCGCGCGUUACAUGGUGAACGACUUGGAACCGGAAACGUGCAUCGACACUCGCUCCCUGCCGGGCAUCAACCGUAACAAGGCCUUCGUACAGGAAGUGAAUUCCUACAUUGCGAAGAACUUUACGGAGAUUGCACUGCAGCCGAGCUUUCUCCAGCUUCCAUGCAUCCUCAUAGAGGUGCUGUACCAAACGAAGCUGGAGAUGUCGUUAGUCACGGAAACUUCAUUGAGCCGGUUAGUAGUCGACUGGAUCCGUCGACAAAUGACCGAGGAUGGAAAUACGGUUCCGAACCUGAUGGAGCGCUCACAUAUGCUGUACUUGGCCCUGGAUAACUCGUUGCAAGAUUGCUCUGAUCUGCCCCCUGGCCAAGAGUCAGAAAGCGAUCUCGUUCAAGAUUAUAAACGUUUGGCGCUGAAGUGUCCCAGCAACAAAAAGCAUCGCAAGGGAUUGAAGACGGCGGGAAGGCCUCGAGUAAUUCUCUACAAUAUGGAUAUUGGUGAAUGCGUCGAAGAUACUAGAAAGGAUUACGAAUGGACGCUUGUCGCUAGCUCGAAGCUGGCUGAUAAUAGUUUCAUCUCAUUGAUAACGUUGGAUGGAAACCUUACGCGUCUAUCUAUCCAGUUGCGCCUAAAUGUGCCAACUACGCCUUCCCCUAUCAAUACGCCGGACACGAUCAGUUCCAGCGCCAGUAAUAAUGAAGAUUUGGAACAUUCGAUCAAACCGGAACUGUUCUGUGAGGUAGCUACCAUGUCCGGCCCGAAGUGUGGUUUGGGCGUUGCCGAAUUGGAGGGCAAACUCUUCGUUUGCGGUGGCUAUGAUCGAGCGGAGUGCUUGCGCUCUGUCGAGUCCUAUUGCCCAGACACAAACAGCUGGAUUCAGGAAAGCAACAUGGGCGAGGCUCGAGGACGAGUACAAAUUGCGGUCAUCGAUGGGGCGGUGUACGCCGUGGGUGGCUGUAAUGGAACCACUGAAUUGGAUACGGUAGAAUGUUUGUCGAAGACCGAGAAGAAAUGGAAAAAGGUUUGUAGGUUGCCAUUGGCACGAAGUAGUGCGGGUGUUUGUUCUUUGGACGGUAACAUUUAUUGCGUUGGCGGAUGGAACGGUCAGAGCGGCAUUCGGCAGUGUGAUGUGCUAAAGCCGGAGGAAAACAAGUGGUACUCGAUUGCACCACUCAAUACCGGCCGCUACCAGGCAGGAGUGGCCUCGUAUCAUGGAUCGCUUUGGGUUGCCGGUGGUAGCGAUGCAUGGAACUGUUUGGGAUCAGUUGAACGAUAUGACCUGGCCAGUAAUCAAUGGACCUUCGCGUCGUCCCUGUUGACACCAAGACGCGGGUGUGGUUUGGCAGAGUUCAACGGCAAACUGUACGCUGUCGGGGGUAGUGAUGGGUCGCAUUCGCUGAACAGUACCGAGUGUUACGAUGAGACCAACAAGUGUUGGGUUGCUGGACCGAACCUAACUUCGCCGCGAUCGAACGUUUCCGUAGCCGUGGUACAGAACCGUUUGUACGCGAUUGGUGGCUUUUCGGGCAAGACCUUCCUGAAUACCAUCGAAUAUCUGGAUGCCACCUCCAAUGAGUGGACCACCUUUGUGCAGCAGAGCAAUCCGAACAUUGACAACCUAUUGGAGAGCUCGCUGCGCAACGGUAUCAACGGAAGGGCUGGCUCGUCAUCGACGUCCUCUUCGCCAGAUAACCUGAGCAACCAGAAUGGCCCAAGCGAACACACAUUCAAGCCCAUCAGAACGCCUCAGGAGAAUGUGUACAACUUAGAGAAGUCCAACAACACGAAGGUCUCCGCGAACGACAAAGAAGUGACCCAAAUUUUAGCAGGAUCCGAGUGCUUAGGUCUGAAGAAGCUUGCCAUCAACGACGAGGACAGUGAGGAGGAUGUGAAAACUAAUGGUACAAACAAUGCAAACGAUAGCAGUAUUAAACUACAGAAAAUUUUAGCGAAUAGUUGUGCGGAAAUUGCGCCUGGAAAUGGACACUCCAGCUAACUAACGGUGGAGCCAACGGGAGCAGAUGAUGGGAUGAAAGAGGAAGAAGAAGAUGCCGGCCAGCAGCAACCGGCUUCCCUGAUCUCAGUCUCGACGACAGAGUCUGAGCUGGACUGAACAACAUAUUUCAUCCACUCGAGCGAGCCCGUUGAUUUGCAAGACAUAUGAACAUCCAGCUGCGCAUAUAAUAUGUAAGUGCAUAUUGAAUGGGGUUGUGGGAAUAAGAAGCAAGAUUUCGCGAACUUUUUUCAGUGAAGCACAUGGAGAAAUUAUAUUAUAGCAAACUCAAUAUAUUUGAUAUAAGUGAUCUUUUUUACUACUGUUAAGAUUAAAAAUAAUAUGGUUUACACACUUCUACUAAAAAUAUUGUAAUAUGACACAUAAAUAUCUGCAGCAUCAUGUUUAGCAGCAGAAAGAGAAAUAUUGUAAAACUAUUAUUGUGGUAAAUGUAUUUUAGACAAAAUGUAAUGCUAUGAAAGAACUUUAGAUCAAGUAUUGAUCAUCAA